CGCCAAUGGUAUCCUACGUCCCUAUGGUCUCUGCCCUUUGGCCGAUGCUUGGAGAAGAGAGUUGUAGCAGGGUGGCCUCCCUGGACCUCUUCUCCAGUAUACCUAACGAUAUUAGUAUCCUACGUCUCUAUGGUCUCUGCCCUUUGGCCGAUGCUUGGAGAAGAGAGUUGUAGCAGGGUGGCCUCCCUGGACCUCUUCUCCAAUAUGGAUUUUUGUCGAUAUGUUUCAACAUUUGCAAGUGACACUGAUAGUAAAGACUGGAAUUUCCUAAACUGUCUCCAGUACCUGAAAGAUUAUGCAGGAUUUCAAUUUACUUCAGAUAGCAAACAAAAUAUCCUAGAUGCGUUUAUUAAAGUCUUUAAGAGAAUUGGUGAAUCUGGUACAAAUAGAGAGAAAAAAAAGGCUAAAAAAAUUCAUGAUAGUGCUAAAACGGUCUUUCAAAAAAAAGAGAUUUCUGAAUUUUUUGAAGAAUUAAAUAGAGAAUUUAUCGAGAGGCGUCUUGAGAGAUCUUUCGACAAUAAUGGCAGUGAACUGUUAAUAAAGUCUGGUAAUUUCCAGACACUGAAUCACUCGUUACGUUUCAAAAAAAGAUCCGCAGAAUUAAAAAGAAAGUAUGAAACGGAGGACGAAAUAUCAGAAACGUCUUGUGAACCAAAGUCAUAUAGGAUACGAUCAUCUAAGUCAAAUAUCUCAACAGCAUUAGCAGAAAGCGAAGUCACGAGCGGAAGUACAACUUCAGAUCAAACCUAUAAUCCUUCUUCUGAUUCUGAAGGUUCCACAAAAGCAAAGAGGUCAUUUUAUCUUGAUUAUUUCAUAGGACCUGGUGAAAUUGAUUGGGAACUAAAAGAAGAUUCUACCGUGUGGGUUAUUGGUGAAGUAGACAUUUCUAAAAUUUGUAUGGAAUACCGUACUUCUGUAAUACAGAAAUGCAAGUCAAAGAAGAUCUUAAGUACUGAUGAAGAACUGGCCCUAAGCCAUAUAUUUCUUUUCCAAGAAGAGAAUCCGCAAGAGCUUCAUGAAUACUUUGAUGAUGAAUCAUGGCAGUGUGUCUUCUCAGAGAUUCGCACACAGUAUCCUUAUAUUGAUGUUCCAGAACGUGUCUUCGAUUUAUGUGGAACAAUUGUGAAGAUCGCAUCCCAAGAACAAGACCCACAAAGACGUCGAUCCGAAAUUAAGAAUUUUCUAAGAAACUAUAGGAAUUCUGCCUCAAGUACACAUCCUAAUACGAGUUCUGCACAUUUUAGAGUUGACCGCUAUCAAAAUUCAUUUGUCAAAAAUAACGAAAUCGAGGAUACACAUUCUCACAACUACGUCGACCCUGUGAUUAAGCCGUUUUUUCCAGAAGGCAAAAAAACGACCAUGGACUGGGCAAACAAGACAUCGAAAUCAUCUGCUCAGACGAUGAAACAAUUUGAUCCUAUCCUUUCUGGCUCAAAACCCGACUUUACAAUAAGGACCAUCAAUUCUAAAAAAUUUGUCGAAUUAAUGUUUGCCGAAAUAAAACCACCGAAUACAAAAGAAUAUUUAGUAAAUGAAGAAGAUCUAGUGACUUUGGGAAAAACAAUGCGAGCAUCAUUAGAUAAGUCAUUAGAAAAUGGUGUUGAUCUCGUUAUCUGUGGAUUACAUGUCUUUGGUUACCUUGGAAGAUGCUAUAUUAUCGAUCUUCGCUAUGAUGGAAUUUAUCGAAUGAUACUGGUGGGAGAAUUUAGAUUUCCCGAAGAUCCAACAACUUGGGGGACACUUAUGGGCUGUUUUCAGGUGAUGGCCACAAUGCAGAAUCUCGUGAAUGAAGGGGCAACUAAAUACCAAUAUACCCGAAAGGGUUCAAAACAAGAAAUUCCAAUAAAUUUAAAAUUUAAAAAGUCAAUGUUUCAUUUUCCAAUGAAG